AGGUUAGAAGAGAAUAAGGCUGAAGGACCUGUGAGGAUGGUCAUGUGACAGAAGUAGGUGGAGUUCUACAGUAGGAAAGAAGAGUUUGUGGCUGAAGGACCUGUCAGGAUGAACUUGUGACUUGAGUAGGUGGAUCUCAGUGGUGAAGAGUAGAGGCUCCUCCUCUGCUCCUGAAUGACCCCCAAGGAUGGAGAAGGACAGGAAUGAGAUGACAAAGAGAAUAUUACACUUCACUUUGGAGAUCCUCCACCUGCUGACCGGAGAGGAUUACACCAUAGUGAAGAAGACAUGGGGGGAGUGUGUGGCCCCCAGCAGCCAUCUCCAUGAGUCAGGAGAACAGAGCAGGGCCCGGGACCCCAUCACGGAGCCGCCACCUCUCUCACCGAUACAUGAGGGGAAGAUCCUAGAACUCACCCACAGGAUCACUGAGCUGCUGACUGGAGAGGUUCCUAUAAGGUGUCAGGAUGUGGCGGUCUAUUUCUCCAUGGAGGAGUGGGAGUAUGUAGAAGGACACAAGGAUCUGUACCAGGACAUGAUGGAGGAUCACCGGCCCCUCACAUCACACGAAAAUCCCAGUAACGUCUCUGAUGGGAAAUGUACGGAAUCGGUAAAUUAUAAAGAAGAAGAUAAAGAUAUGGUGCCGCAAUCCUCAGGAGGAAACCUCCUUACCCUUAAUAUAUAUCCGGCUCCUCCCAGCACUUAUCUAUUAUAUAUUAAUACUCCCCCUAUUCAUGUGUUACCUGCUCCUUACCAACCACAGGUUGUUAUCCCGACUACAGAUCCCAAAAGGAUCCAACAGGGUUCUACAGAUCCGAAAAGGAUCCAGCAGGGUUCUACAGAUCUGAAAAGGAUUCAUCAGGGUUCUACAGAUCCGAAAAGGAUCCAACAGGGUUCUACUGAUCCGAAAAGGAUCCAACAUGGUUCUACAGAUCCGAAAAGGAUCCAACAGGGUUCUACAGAUCCGAAAAGGAUUCAUCAGGGUUCUACAGAUCCGAAAAGGAUUCAUCAGGGUUCUACAGAUCCGAAAAGGAUUCAUCAGGGUUCUACAGAGCCGAAAAGGAUUCAUCAGGGUUCUACUGAGCCGAAAAGGAUUCAUCAGGGUUCUGCAGAGCCGAAAAUGACUCAACAGGGUUUUACAGAUCCAAAAAGUUUUUUUUGUGAACAAUGCGGAAAAGAGUUUACAAAAAGUUCAAGUCUUGUUACACACAGAAGAAUUCACACAGGAGAGAAACCAUUUUCAUGUUCAGAAUGUGGGAAAUGUUUUGGAGAUAGAUCACAUCUUGUUAGGCACGAGAGAGAGCACGCAGGAGUGAAGCCGUAUGUCUGUUCAGAAUGUGGGAAAUGUUUUACACGUAAAUCAUAUCUUGUGUUCCACGAGAGAGGUCACACUGGAGAGAAGCCAUAUCCAUGUUCAACAUGUGGGAAAGGUUUGAUAAGUAAAUCAGAGCUUGUUAGACAUGAGAGAACUCAUACAGGAGAAAGGCCAUAUUCAUGUUCAGAAUGUGGGAAAAGUUUUACAAAUAAAUCUGAUCUUAUAAAACACCAGAGAAUUCACACAGGAGUGAGGCCAUAUUCAUGUUCAGAAUGGGGCAAAUGUUUUAUAAGUAAGUCGCAGCUUGUUAGACAUGAAAGAAUUCACACAGGGGAGAGGCCAUAUCCUUGUUCAGAGUGUGGCAAAUGUUUUAUAGGCAAAUCAGAGCUUGUAUUACAUCAGAGAAUUCACACAGGAGAAAAGCCAUAUUCAUGUUUAGAAUGUGGGAAAUGUUUCAUAAGUAAAUCAGAUCUUAUUAGACAUCAGAGAAGUCACACAGGAGAGAAGCCAUAUUCAUGUUCAGAAUGUGGAAAAUGUUUUAUAAAUAAUCCAGCUCUUAUAAAACAUGAAAAAAUUCACACUGGAAAGAAGCCAUGUUCAUGUUCAGAAUUUGGGGAGAGUUUUACACAUGAAUGCCGUCUUGCAGCACAUGGGAAAAUUCACACUGGCGCAAAACCCUAUUCAUGUUUAGAAUGUGGGAAAAGUUUUAAACAAAAAAGCCGUCUUGCAGAACAUGAGAGAAUUCACACUGGAGAGAAACCCUAUUCAUGUUCAGAAUGUGGGAAGGGUUUUACACACAAAUGCCGUCUUGUGGUACAUGAGAGAAUUCACACUGGAGAGAAGCCAUAUUCAUGUUCAGAAUGUGGGAAAGGUUUUAAAAAUAAAUCAGAUCUUACAAAACAUAAGAUAAUUCACACAGGAGAAAAGCUGUAUUCAUGUGCAGAAUGUGGGAAAGGUUUUACUCAAAAAAGCCAGCGUGAUAGACAUGAGAGAAGUCACACAGGGGAGAAGGCAUUUUGAUCCAUUUGUAAAAAUAUUCUUUUUUUUUUUUUUUAAGUGGAAAAAUAUUUUACAAGGCAAACAAAUUUUGAAACUCAUUCACAUAGAGAAGAAGCGGCGUUGUUGUUGUUUGGAACGUGAAAAGUAAUAAAAAAAGGAAAAAUAUACAGAAGAGAAGUCACAAUAGAGAAAAGGCAUAUUCACAUUCAGAAUGUGGGAAAUGUUUUUCACAUCUUAAUAAUCCAAACGCCUCUUCUAAAACUUGAGAGAAGUCGCGCAGGAGAGAAUCCAUUUUGAUCCAUUUGUAAAAAUAUUCUAUGGGAAACCUUUAUGUCACAGAAAGGAACAGCCAGAUAUCUAUAGAGUAGUAGAUACCUGGAACCAACUACCAGCAGAUGUGGUCGGUAAAUCCACAAUAUCUUAACUUAAAUCUGAGGGGAAUAAACCUGUAUCUGUCAUAAAAUAAAAAUUAAAAAAAGACAUAAUAUAAGGGCAGAUUAGGGGGGGCAAGGUGGUCUUCUUCUGCCCACAGUCAUUAAAAGGAUACUCCGCCCCUGGACAUCUUAUCCCCUAUCCUUCGGAUAGGGGAUAAGAUGUCCAGGGCGGAGUACCCCUUUAAGAUUUAGUUCAGGCUUGAAUAUAAAAUAUAAAAAGUUGAUUGUAUUUGCUGAUGGUUUACUCCUCCCGCUCGCGGUUCUCAUCCAUCUCUGGUCUGGUGAUCAGUAGAAGCAAGUCGGAGAUACUCUUCUGCAAUACCCCCAAGUCCGUAGAGGAUCUUAUCUGACUAAACUUACUGCUACUACUACUUACUGACCUUAUCUCGGAAUCUCCCAUCCUUCUUCUCUUGGACCUCGUCAGAUAGAAUAUUCCCCUAUUUCAUGGUUCAUUUCUUAUUGCACACUCCUGAUCCUGAUUUGUCUUUCGAACCUUCGGGCACUUUAGCCGGACGGGUUUAGAUUCGUCUGAUCUUCAUCCUUGAGUUCUGCUUUCCAUUAUGUACAACCAUAAAGGAAUAGGGGGCCUUUCCAUGCCAAACCUUCUACUUCGUUGUCUUGCUGGCCAGCUCGCCCAACUUCUUCUUUGUAAAGUGCCCACCUCCGCCUCCCGAUGGGUUUCGGUAGAAAGUAAAUCCCUAGCUCCCUAUAGCCUUUCAUCAAUCAUGUGGCUCCCUGGUCCCAUUUCCGUGUCCGUACCUUCUGCUGCCUCUAUCUCUCUAUACGCCCUGCUUUUCUGGCGCUCUGUCCGUUACCAGCAUCCACUGCAAUCCCCUAUUUUACCUGUUACCUCCAUAUUUUCUAGCCGUGCGUUCCCCCCCUGGACUUCAUCUUUCUGAGUUUGUGUGGAGGACUAACCUCUGUCUGACUCUACUCAACCAUCGUACUUAUCUUCCAUGACCUGUUUCUUUCCAGAUUUACCCCUUCCCAGUAAGGACUUCAGGAUUACUCAGGUCUCCUCCUACUUACCUAUGUUGGCUCCCUCUACUAUUGACACCACCUUCUUUAUAACCCCUUGGGACGGGAGCAUUUAAAAAAAAAAUUUGACCUCUAUCACUUUAUGCAUUAAAGGAGUAC